ACAUCAGAUGGCAGGCGCCUAUGGAGGCAUGAUCCCACCGCAACAAGCAUAUUAAUUCGAGUUCGAGUUUUGUUUCGACCGUCUCUUGCGGGAAGCAAAGGAGACGUACCGGGGCGGCUGGCUUCCUCCUCCCUUUGUUCGCUCGUCAUCCCAUUUUCUUUGUGCCGUGUGCAUAUUAUGGCCGACCAGGUGCGACGAGAUGAUGAACGCAUUAGUAUAACUGGAGAGUGUGGCGUUGUUUUGGCAAGGAAGGUUAUUGAAUGUCUUUUGUUCCUGUUUAUUUUUUUUACUCUAUCUUAUUACUUAAAUAUGUUUUGUUUGAUUCUAUCUGGGCGAUUUCUUUGUUCUCACCAUGCAUCGGGGUGACCACCAAGAGGCACGCCACUUUGCUUGCGACACUUAUUGAUUGUGACUUGAAUUCAGCGACUGGCGAAUGAGACUAAUUGGA